AUGUCCGGGAUAGCUGCAAGUGGACUCUUGUUUGCAGCCUACAAAUUUGGUUUACUUUAUCAGUUGUUCCAUAAGACAGAAAUCAAAAGUCCACGGCAUGGUGGUGAGAGUGUGGCUGAGGUCCUACGUGCUCAUGGCAUAAAGUUUGUCUUUACCCUGGUUGGAGGACACAUUUCUCCCAUCCUGGUGGCCUGUGAAAAAAUGGGUAUUCGUAUUGUUGACACUAGACAUGAAGCGACUGCAGUCUUUGCUGCUGAUGCUGUUGCAAGGCUUUCAGGAACUAUUGGUGUGGCAGCAGUGACAGCAGGACCAGGGCUCACAAACACUGUCACUGCUGUAAAGAACGCACAAAUGGCUGAAUCCCCAUUGCUGCUCAUGGGGGGAGCUGCUGGCACACUUCUUCAGGGUAGAGGCUCACUACAAGAUAUCGAUCAGAUGUCAUUAUUUAAGCCUCUGUGUAAAUUCUGUGCUUCUGUGAGAACGGUGAGGGAGAUUGUGCCCACUGUCAGAAAAGCCCUGGCUAUUGCUCAGUCAGGAACUCCUGGCCCGGUUUUUAUAGAGUUUCCCAUUGACACACUGUACCCUUACCACAUAGUGUCUAAAGAGUUUGGUGUUAAAAACCCACCAAAGGGCCUCAUGGGUAAAUUUGUUUCCUGGUACCUCAAUAAUCACCUCAUGAACCUCUUUUCUGGAGCAUGGGAACCAAGAGCUGUCUCUCCUCUUCCUGUAAAUAUUCCACACGCUACAGAUAAUCAGGUCCAGAGAUGCAUAGAGCUAGUUAGUAGGGCAAAAAGGCCAGUUAUUCUGCUUGGAAGCCAAGCAACACUUCCUCCAACACCAGCAGAUAACAUCAGAAAAGCGCUAGAGGACUUGGGCAUACCUUGCUUCCUGGGCGGUAUGUCCCGUGGCAUGUUGGGUAAAGACAGUCCUAUCCACAUCAGACAAAACAGACGUGAUGCUCUGAAAGAGGCAGACCUGGUGCUUUUAGCAGGUACUGUGUGUGACUUCCGCUUGAGCUAUGGCCGAGUUCUGAACAGACGUAGUAAAAUCAUCGCUGUCAACAGAGAUAAAACGCAGCUGCUAAAAAACUCUGAUAUGUUUUGGAAACCCACUAUUGCUAUUCAAGGGGAUGCUGGUUCAUUUUUGGUGAAUCUUUCCAAAGGCCUUAAAGGUCAUCGCUGCCCUGUGGAAUGGCCUCAAAGCCUUAAGUCUGGUGACACAACAAAAGAGAAGGCUAACAAAACCAAGGCAGAGGAGAAGACCGACCACCACUUGAAUCCAUUAAAGGUUCUCCACUGUAUAGAUGAGCUGAUGCUGGAGGACAGUAUCAUUGUUGCUGACGGAGGAGAUUUUGUGGGAAGUGCUGCUUACAUUCUGAGACCAAGAGGACCCUUGCGCUGGCUUGAUCCAGGAGCAUUUGGGACUUUGGGAGUUGGAGGAGGAUUUGCUUUGGGAGCAAAGCUUUGCCGGCCUGAUUCUGAGGUAUGGAUUAUCUAUGGGGAUGGGUCUUUGGGUUACAGUGUGGCAGAGAUUGACACAUUCACUAGACACAAGACUCCAGUUAUUGCAGUGGUGGGAAAUGAUGCCUGUUGGAGUCAGAUUUCGAGAGAGCAAGUUCCCAUGCUUGGUAGCAAUGUAGCAUGUGGUCUAGCAUUUUCAGACUAUCACAUUGUGGCGGAUGGUUAUGGAGGCAAGGGCUAUUGUGUUGGACGUGAAGAUGAAGAGAAACUGACCAAAACUGAGAAGCGAUCAGCUGCUGAUUCUCAAGAUGCAGACUCUAAUGCAAAGAAGCCCAGGAAACUUCUUCCCAGCCUGAAGACCAAGCGUGCCCCUGAGCUGGUGCUGGUGAUCGGGACAGGGGUGAGCUCUGCGGUGGCCCCUCAGGUCCCAGCUUUGCGAUCGUGGAAGGGCCUUAUACAAGCACUGUUGGACGCAGCCAAUGACUUCGACCUGCUGGAGGAAGAGGAGAGCCGGCGCUUUCAGAAGCACAUGCAGGAGGACAAAAAUCUGGUGCAUGUGGCCCAUGACCUCAUUCAGAAACUUUCUCCGAGAACAGGUAACGUACGAUCCACGUUCUUCAAAGACUGCCUGUAUGAAGUCUUUGAUGACUUGGAGUGCAAAAUGGAGCAUGCUGGGAAACACCUCCUGCGCUCUGUGCUGCAGCUGAUGGAGAGUGGUGCACUUGUCCUUACCACAAACUUCGAUAAUCUCCUAGAGAUCUACGCCGCUCACCAGGGCACCAAACUGGAGUCUCUGGAUCUCACAGAUGAGAAGAAGGUCUUGGAGUGGGCUCAGGAGAAACGAAGAUUGAGUGUUUUACAUAUCCAUGGCGUGUACACAAACCCCAGUGGCAUCGUGCUGCACCCUGCUGGCUACCAGAAUGUCCUACGAAACACAGAGGUUAUGCGUGAAAUCCAGAAGUUGUAUGAGACAAAAUCCUUUGUAUUCCUGGGAUGUGGAAGGACAGUGGACGACACUACAUUUCAGGCUCUUUUUUUGGAGGCUGUCAAACACAAGUCGGAUUUGGAGCACUUCAUGCUGGUGAGGCGAGAGGAUGUCGGAGAGUUUAAAAAACUACGGGACAACAUGUUGGACAAGGGAAUCAAGGUCAUCUCGUAUGGAGACGAAUACGCUGAUCUACCAGAGUACUUUGAAAGGCUGGCCAAUGAGAUCUGCAACCGGGAUGUAGCCACCAACGGCUGGGGCUCUCCAUCGCACAACGAGGAGGAGCUACAGAACGGCAUCAGCACUCAGAAAAACCUCUUUCAAGGUUAG